AAGGGGUAACCUCAGUAAGGAAAAUGAUUAGAGGUUGCUCACAUUUCUUUAAGAAGGCUGUGGGUUGCUGUUGAUCAGGUGGCAUUGAACUGGAGAGCUUACUCCACCCCUACUCUGUUGAGCCACAGUGUGGAAACGUGUAGGGAUUUUGCUUGGUGGUUACCUUUGCACCUGUCCUUAUUUACAUGCAAAAUCAAUUGCUUCACUUAGUCUUUCCGAAGUACAGGGUGUGGGCUGAAUCUUAUCUGAAGCCAUGUCCUGUUUGGACAAGUUGGACUCGCCUUGGCAAAUCUCCACAGGGUGGAGCAGAUGGGUGGAGGCAGGAAAGUAAAAUUGGGUGGCUUGUUAGCAGAGAGAAGAGAGAGGGCGGAUUGUUUGCUCACUGGAUCAUUAUAUUUAACCUGAAACCAAUUUAACUCCUUUCCCAUUUAGAAAACAUUUUAAUGCAAAAUAAUCUAAUUUAUGAGAGGCAAAGAUUUAGAAAUAGUCCAUGGAACUUUUCCUUUGAAGCCAGAGGUGGGUGAAAAUCAUCGAGUGAUAUGAAAACGGGACCCAUUUCCAGGCCAAACACCAGAGCACCUUAGAAGGUUUAGCUAAAAGAAUGCUCAUGUUUGACCCAGUCCCUGUUAAGCAAGAGGCCAUGGACCCUGUCUCGGUGUCAUACCCAUCUAAUUACAUGGAGCCUAUGAAGCCCAACAAGUACGGAGUCAUUUACUCCACACCAUUGCCGGACAAGUUCUUUCAGACUUCGGAAGGCCUCUCGCACGGAAUACAGAUGGAGCCAGUGGACCUCACGGUGAACAAGCGGAGUUCGCCACAUUCGGCCGGGAGCUCCCCGUCCUCGCUGAAAUUCCCGUCAUCGCACAGGCGAGCCUCCCCCGGGCUGAGCAUGCCCUCGUCGAGCCCACCGAUGAAGAAGUACUCGCCCCCUCCACCUGGGGUGCAGCCCUUUGGCGUGCCGCUCUCCAUGCCACCAGUCAUGGCUGCCGCCCUCUCCCGGCACGGAAUACGAAGCCCAGGGAUACUGCCGGUCAUACAGCCUGUCGUGGUGCAGCCCGUCCCAUUUAUGUACACCAGCCACCUCCAGCAGCCGCUCAUGGUCUCCUUGUCGGAGGAGAUGGAGAAUUCAAACAGUAGCAUGCAAGUACCAGUAAUUGAAUCGUAUGAGAAGCCUAUAUUACAGAAAAAAAUUAAAAUAGAACCUGGGAUUGAACCACAGAGAACAGAUUAUUAUCCUGAAGAAAUGUCACCCCCUUUAAUGAACUCAGUGUCCCCCCCGCAAGCGUUGUUGCAAGAGAAUCACCCUUCAGUCAUUGUACAGCCCGGGAAGAGACCUUUACCUGUGGAAUCUCCAGACACCCAAAGGAAACGGAGGAUACACAGAUGCGAUUAUGAUGGAUGCAACAAAGUCUACACUAAAAGCUCUCACUUGAAAGCACACAGAAGAACACAUACAGGAGAAAAACCCUACAAAUGUACAUGGGAAGGAUGCACAUGGAAGUUUGCUCGGUCUGAUGAACUAACAAGACAUUUCCGAAAACAUACUGGAAUCAAACCUUUCCAGUGUCCAGACUGUGACCGCAGCUUCUCCCGAUCUGACCAUCUUGCCCUACAUAGGAAACGCCACAUGCUAGUUUGAAGGCCACCGUCUCCCACCUCAGCACAACUCCCCACUCUCCUGGCUCUCUCUCGGUCCUCCCUCCCAUUAUCUAACUCAUUUUUUACAUGUACAUUUUAAUUUUGAUUCAGCUGGUCUGAGUCUCUGAAUUUGUAUCAUUCAAAACUUCCAUAUGGUCAGUAGUAGAGUUUCUCUAAUCUUUCCUUCUCCUUACCACGGGUCAGACCUAAAGAAUGUGAACACUUUUUUUUUUUUCCUGGGGAUGCUAAGCAAACCCUUCUUACAAAUACGUUUAAUGUACUGAGAACAAGGGAACUUGUAAACUAACAUAAACAAUUGUCGAUUUCUCCAUGUAUUCCUCAAAAGAAGUCAAAGUAAAUGUAUUAGAAUUAUAACAGUAUCCAGCCUGCUAGUCCUUGCCAGAGACAUUCAUUCCUACGUGCCCUGUGAUCGCAUUUUGUGCUCGACAGUGAAAACAGUGGUGGACCCUUUCCAACAUGCAGUUAGUUAGAAGUGCAGCAAGACAUCAAGCUAGUUCAGUCCAGUCUUCAUUGCCCUUCGCAGAUCUUGCUUGUCAGCCUGGAUUUAUCACUUCAUCUAGAUUAAGUCCUGUAAUCUCCUUCGUGCUCGUAGCUCAUGGAGGUGUUUGCCACCAUUUGGAGACAAGUCAGAGCUGCUGAUUUAGGUGGAUGAUGUGCCUGUUCAGCAUGGAGUGGGAGCAAAGGGGCAUUGCACAGGGGAGAUGCAGAGGGGGCAAAAGGAAGCCAGCAGUUCCUCCUGGGUUAGAGUUUGUCAGUGAUGUUUCAGCAUUUGGCUAGAUAUGCAGUGCAUUCCCAGAGCCUCAGUCUUUAUGGAUACUAAGCUGCCAGAUACCAGCGGGGUUAUCCAUGCAACCAUCUCCAUUCCUGCAAUGUCCAAAUAUGGAUAAUCAAGCAUUGAUUGUAGGGACUACACAAGUAUUUACCCAUUAAUGGUAAAUAUAUUUUGGGUAAGAGUAUGGGUAGUCUUUAUUUUACCCACCCUGCUUAUGCUUUUGUGCAAACAGGGAAAUGUUGAGUGGUAAUUGUAUUCCCCUAUCAAAAUGAUCAUAUAGCUUUUAUACAGAUUCUCUUCUGUGAGAACUGUAAGGUGACAAAUUGACUCUCAAUUGUGAUUAUGAUGCAUAUCAAAUAAUCAUCUGCUAAUAUAGAUUCAUUCAAUUUAAGAUCAAGAGACACUCUUUGUAGAUACAACUAGUUAUGAAGCACACAAACCUUUAUUCUUGGGACAAAUUUCUGAAGAAGAUAGAAAACUACAGUUCAGGGAUUCAUAUAUAUUGCUUAAAAUUCCCAAAAGUUUACUUUUGGAGCUGGCAAUCUCCUAUCACUAACAAGUAUCCUGUCAGAAGAACAAACUGAAAAUGACUCGUGUUUAUGCUGAAGAUAAAUAGUACCAUUAUUCUGGGGAAGUUUUUCAAAAGCUGGCUUUUGAGUAUCAUAUUCUAAACGCCCAUAAAAAUAAUCCAUGCAUAGAGAUGCCAUUUGUCCUAAAUUGGAAGAAAGUGGACAACAGUGGUCAAAUGUGGGUGCAUAUAACCAAAUGUGCCUUCAUCCCUUGAUAAAGGAUGGAGUUGGAGAAGAGAGAAGAAUGGAAUCCUGAAGAUGCAUCCCAGCCACAACUCAGGAUCCAACACAACCUUGGCUGGGAGGAAGGUUGUUUAAUCCUUUUUUAAAAAAAAAAAAAAAUCAGUGAUUCUGGAGGCCUGUGACUUGUGUGGGGAGCUUACUUUGAUGGCGCUAUGCUAAUGAAAGUUAGGUGUAGGGACUGUGUGUCCAGGAGAUCCAGCCCCGUGAACCAACAGAAAGGAAAUGUAGUUGAGAAAUGAAAAGUAAUUUGUUAUCCUGGCACUUGGGUUUGAUUUUCUUUUUUUAAGCACUGCAAAAUUUGUUUAGAAUAUUAAUUGGGCUAUUUUUUUUCAACUAUGAUAUGAAUUGAGGGAUAAAAAUGGCUCUUGGAAAACUAGGUCUGUGUAAUCAACGCUUAGUCACAUUCAUGCCAAAGUGUUCAUUCCUUAAAAUGGUUCUACAACACUGAAGAAUCAAGUUGGAAUGCAAGGAACUUUUUUGUUUUGAUGGAGAUAACCAGUGUAUGUGUUCCAACCCAUAUAGAAGAAAAAAGGGGGUUGAGGGAGGGUGGGCAAGAAAAGAUAAAAUUCAUUUUUGAAUGAGCUUUGAGUGUUGAGUCCAGUUAAUAGAAAGUUUCAUGGGUUGUCUUGAAAUUUGAUGUGUUUGUUAUGGCAUAUUUAAAUUUUGCAAAAACUCUUACUUAAUGUAGUUUGUUUAGAUUAUGUUAACAGUUCAUUAACAAAGAGCCAUUUUAAUUGAAAGAACAACAACCCAGAGAGGCCAGUCUAUUCCCAUGCUGUCUAUAUACUUUAGUUACCAAUUGGCCCUUACCAAAUUUCCUUAUAUAUAUUUGCAUUUUACUAUGAUAGUUGGGGAAUUUAGUCUCUUAGUCAUUUUUAGCUAUUAUUGUGGAAGACCUUAAAUACAAGAUAAUCUUAAAAUGCCCUUGAACAUAUGGAUUUAAUGAUGUACCAUGUUACUAUCCAUGGUGAUUUUAAUUGCAAUAUUUUAAAUAUUGAGAAUGAUUUGUAAACAUGAUGUUAGUGUCAUGUAAAUUGUUUGUUAUAGAAUUUCUUGGAUUAUUACCCAAGUGUCCUCUAAGGGAUGAAGUCAGAAAACUUAAAAUCUGAAUCCAUCAUACUAUAAAGUUUCAAAAUGUGAAUAUACAUCCUAAGUGGGCAUUACCAUUCUAAAUUGUUUGGUCUGAAGAAUGUGUUAGCAGCAUAGCUAUGUUCAGUUAAGGAGAUGCUAAAUUUGCAGAAGUUUCAAGAGCCUUAGAACAGAUUUGCAGGGGAACUACAUUAUGUACAUUUAUAUUUUAUUAAACACCCAUCUGCACUAUCAGUAUUGCACUAAUGUGGAAUUUGAAUGACCAUAUUGCUGAUACUGUGUACCUGCACAUCAUUCCUGAUAGAUUGUUUUAAAGACAAUCUCAAAGAGCUAAGAUGAAUAAUUGGAUUUGUUUGAAAAUAUACAGUAGUCUUGAAAGAAUUCCUGUCAUACGUGAAGUCGCUCAGAGUUGUCUUUAUUCUCUUCUUGGUCAAGGUUAACAAUUGCUAAAUGAUUGCAAAUUCACUUAAAUAAUACAUUUACAAAGCCAUUUUACACGCAUUAAAUGAGGGCUACAACAAUAUUAUGUUUUAAAAAUACUAGCACUUUUUUUUUUUUUUUUGCUGUUAUGUACUUAGUGUUAGAGGGUCAAAAUAAUCUUUCUGCUUAGCAUCUCUUAAACCAUACCUGCAAUAUAGCAGGAAUAUUACAUUUACAGUACUUUAAUACCUGUAUAAACUAUGCAGAAAUUUUUAAUAAAGUGUAAUAUAUUUUAUAAGCUAAUAAGACUGAAUGGGUAAAGGUUUUUAGCAUGCAGUAGUAUACUUCAAAUACUGAAACAUUUUGGUAAUCUUUCUUACUAAAGAUGUGAAUGUUUAAUGUACCUUCUCUGUUUCUACUCUGUAGUCCAAUGGGAAUUCAGUAAUGACAUUUUGUCAUGUCAAACUGUGAACAUAAAUUUGUACUGUACAGUCCUCAUAUACUAUAUACAGUAUGCAAUAUAUGUAUUAUAUACUUGUUAAUAAAACCACCAGAAUAUUAAGUAUCA